UCAGCUGAUUUUCAUUCAACUUAUUUUGGCGGCUGUCGAGAUCUCACACUCACGUCCCGAACCAUCAAUUAGAUUUUCCUGUUCUUAUUAUUAUUAUAUACAUCUCUCUCGGGACUGAUGAUUAUGAUGAUGAAUAUUGCCAGAGCUUCUUUCUUCCAACGGUUGGCACAAUGGGGAAUGAAAAGACAAGUGGCUGGGCCAGACAGUCGAGCUUUUCAUCGAAUGGAUGACUCGAUGAUUGAAAUUUCGGAUGUAGUCACUCAGGCACUAAAAAAUAAUGAACCCAUCGUUGCUUUGGAAUCGACAAUCAUCACUCACGGCAUGCCGUAUCCGGCAAACCUUGAAACUGCUCUCAAGGUGGAGGCAACCGUCAAGGCAAAGGGAGCUGUUCCAGCCACAAUUGGAAUAAUUAAUGGCCGUGUUCACGUGGGUUUGACUGCAGAUCAACUGGAAUUGCUGGCAAGCCUCAAGGAGCCCUGCCUGAAAACUUCUCGAAGAGACUUGCCCUACGUCCUCAGCCAGAAACUCAAUGGAGGCACCACUGUGUCUGGGACCAUGCUGGUGGCAGCCAAGGUUGGCAUUCCAAUAUUUGUGACAGGAGGCAUAGGCGGAGUCCAUCGAGGCGCUGAAGAAACUUUUGACAUUAGUGCCGAUCUGACGGAACUUGGCCGGACCCCUGUGGCUGUCGUGUCCAGUGGGGUCAAAUCGAUCCUGGACAUUGGCAAAACGCUCGAGUAUCUGGAAACGCAGGGGGUUUGCGUGGCUACUUUGGGGCCCCGGUCCGAUUUUCCUGCCUUUUUCACACCGUCGAGCGGAUUCCAGGCUCCUUAUCGGCUGGACACGACGUCCGAUGCGGCCCGUCUCGUCCAGCACUGCUUGGCUUUCAACACUGGCAGCGGAUUGCUGAUCGCCGUCCCGAUUCCGGAAUCGAGCCAGGCUGACGGUGAAGCGAUCGAACGAGCCAUUCGCUCCGCCCUGACCUUGGCUGAUCAGCAAAAGAUCCGAGGCAGGGACGUGACUCCUUUUGUCCUAUCCCAAGUCAAUCUUUUAACAUCCGGAGCAUCUCUGACAGCCAAUAUGGCGCUAAUUGAACACAAUGCGGCCGUUGGAGCGGCCAUUGCUGUCGAUCUCGCCCGUCUUCGAGGAUCAUCGGGGAAAAGUGGAAUAUCGACCGGGCAGAGUUGCCAGACGCCACCGCCGCCCAGCCAGUCGCCAGAUGAUUGCCCUACGGUCGUUAUUGGAGGAUCCAUCGUCGACUUGGUGGCCGCCGUUGAAGAGGAUUCUAUACAAAUGGAUGCGAGUACACACCGCGGAAGUAUCAGCCGCUCUUAUGGCGGAGUUGGUAGAAAUUUGGCAGACGGAUUGAGUCGACUGGCCAGGAGGUCACCUCUGUUCGUGUCGGUUGUCGGUGACGAUGAAUCCGGAAGGGAACUCAUCCGGCACAACCCUUUGAUGGAGAGUCGCGGAAUCAUUCGACUGGCUUCGGCAUCCACCGCUUCCUACACUGUCGUCCUGGAUAACAAAGGGGAUUGCCAGUUUGGCAUCGGCGACUUGAAGAUUCACGACCGGCUCACCGUUGACAAGGUGAGGCGGUACGAGGAGGAUAUAGCCAAAUGUCGCUUGCUCAUUAUGGACGGAAACAUGGAAUUGCCGACAAUGGAGUACAUCCUUGACGUCUGCCGCUCCGCAAGAGUUCCAGUUUGGUACGAGCCGACUGACGUGAACAAAGCUUCCAAGCCAUUAAAACUGGUCGGAUGUCGUUCUGCCAUUGCCUACACAUCACCUAAUUUGUCGGAGUUGAAGAAGAUGGUUGAUUUCAUUCAACCAGGACUGCCCGACAUUAGAGACGUGAAUCUGAGUCAAACUAUUGAAGAGAUUCAAGAACCUCUCGCCAAAUCAUGCAUACCGUUGCUGGAUACUAUGCAAUGCAUCAUGAUUACUCUGGGGAAGCUGGGAAUGAUGAUUGUUCGCCGUGGAACAAAGACAGAUAAAUUACCCCUGGCACCAUGGCAACACCAAUCUUACGAAGAAAUCACUGCCACUUAUUAUUCGGCACCUGCAGUGGACCGCAUAGUCAGCGUAUCUGGAGCAGGAGAUUGUUUGGCUGCCGGAUUUAUCACUGGAAUACUCAACGGCUGGGACCAAGAUAAUUGUGCCGUGUUUGGGGUGCAAGCCGCAGCUUGUUCACUCCGACAUUCCCCUGCUGUCCCUGCAGCCCUUUCAAAUUUAAAAUCUUCUUGAGAAUGUUUAACGAGCUAUUUUUGUAAACCAGAGUUUAUUCUUUACAAGUUACAAUACAUCCGGAGUGGAUUAAUUUGA